AUGGCACAACAUCUCUUACUUUUGAGCAUAUUGCUGUGGCAUUAUUUUUUCUACACCGUUAAAUGUCAGACGCCAAUACAAAUUAAUUCCAAACCAUCGCCAUUUCACAUGUAUUUUUGUAACGAUGAGCUACUGAAGGAAACAGUCGAUAAAGUGGAACAACUUGAUCUCAAGUUGGAUUACAUCACACAACGUUUGGACGAAGUAUUGAGUUCAAUACAGGAACCACUUUUGCGCGAAAUGAAAAACACUUUGGAAUCAUUUGAAUUCAAAAUGGUAGAUAACAGUAACCAACGGUUUGAAGUCAGACAGAGACAAGACAAGAAAGCAAGCACUUGUGCAGGAGCAAUGAUACAGAGGAAUGGUACAUUUGCCAAGAGUAGCACUUACUAUUUGCACAUACCAGAAUAUCUACCACGUCCUUUUGCGGUGUAUUGUCUACAAGACCCUGACGGCGGUGAGCCCUGGACUAUAAUACAACGUCGACUAAAUGACAGAACCAAUUUCUAUCGUGGCUGGAAUGAGUACGAACAUGGCUUUGGUAAUUUGUUUUAUAACCACUUCUUAGGUCUCGAUAAAAUACACGCUCUAACACAAUCGCAAUCGAAUGAGUUGUGGGUGCAAUUGGAGAGCUUCUCCAAUGAGACAAGUUAUGCGAAAUACGAAACUUUCGCCAUCGAUGGUGCUAGCGGAAAGUAUGCGCUGAGUGUGUUGGGCAAAUAUAUAGGCACGGCUGGCGAUUCUCUACGCUUUCAAUGGGGACAAAAGUUCUCAACCAAAGAUAGUGAUAAUGAUGUGUCGCCAGAGCAUUGUGCCCAGCAGCACAGAGGUGCUUGGUGGUAUAAAGACUGUCUGAACAGUAAUCUCAACGGUGAGUAUUUGGAUGCAAACGAAACUACGAAUCUAAAUUCCGAAGGUAUUAUCUGGCAAACGUGGCUUGGGCGACAACAUUCAUUGCAGUCUGUACACAUGGCUAUAAGACCGCUAAAGCGGAAAACUUAUCUUUGACAA